AUGGAGGCAUCAUCUUCUAGGGGAUCCCAUCCACCCAAUCAGGAUGAACUGUGUAAUGAGAAGUUCAAUCUUAUCAUUAAUGUUGUUGACAUAUCCUCUGAUGAUGAACUCAUCAAGAGUGUGAAUUCUAGGAUUGCAAAAAGGCUGCGGACUAGAAAAGGUAAAGUUGUGGCUGAUACAAAUUCUCCCAAACCUAACAGGACGCGGGUUGUUGUUGGGCCGUUAAAGUAUUGGAGCAAAGUGAAUGUUUCUUCCAAGAAGAGAAAGAUUAGGACAGAGACUGAGUUUGAAGAUGAUGUUGGUGAUGUUCAGGACAUCACGCGUGUAAAGAAAACUGUGACCAAGCAGUCAUCUGUGAAAGUUCCAAACACUCCUAUGGAUAACAUCUCUUUUCAUUCUUUUGACAAUGUAGGAACAUGGAGAUUUGUGUAUCAAAGAAGGAUUUCCCUGGAGAGAGAACUAGUUGGCUUUGCUAAAUGCUAUGAGGUUAUGGUUAAGGAGUUUGUUGUGAACAUCUCCGUGGACUCUGCUGACCCUGGAAGCCAGAAUUUCAGGAAAAUCUAUGUAAGGGGUAAAUGUGUUCACUUCUCCCCUGCGGUGAUCAACAGGUAUUUGGGAAGAAGUGAGGACGAGGGAUGUGACCUGGAGGUGACUGAUAAUCAACACAAGAUUGGAGCUGCCAAUUGGGUUUCCACCAAUCAUACUUCAAUAGUGGCAGUUGGGUUGGGGAAGUUUCUCUAUAUUGUGGGUACCAAAACUAGCUUUGACUAUGGUACUUAUACUUUUUAUCAAACUGUGAGACAUGCUGCAACCAAUGUCACCAAAAUGCCUAUUGUAUUUCCUUCCUUAAUAUGUGGUGUUGUCCUCAACCAGCACCCUGGAAUCUUGUUAAGCACUAAUGUGGUUUGUAAGAGAGAAUCUGCCUUGUCUCUCCAUGAAAAAUUAUUUACAGGUAAACAUGUUGCAGAUAUUGUCCUGGCAUCUGCUGAGAAGAAACCGUCUACCAAAGCUGAUGUUGAUUUAGCUCUGAAGGAGACCUGCGAGGACUUGGAUGAGAUCAUUGCUACCAGUACCAAAUGGAAGCUUGACAUUGAACAAUUAAUUAAGAGUCUUGAGCAGUCUAAUGGCAAUAGGAUUGGUGACAGCACUGAAGAAGAACCUGCUGAGGCACAUCGGUCUGUUGAAGGCACUACUCCAUAG